CCCGCGGCCGCCCCGCGCCUGCCGGUAAGGGCCGGGGCAGCGGGGGGUGCUCGGGCCGGGGGAUGCCCGCAACGCGGGAUGCCCCGUGCCCGCCCCGGGAUGCAGCCCCAUCCAGCCGCGCUGUGACCGGCCCUGGGCAGGGGUGACCCAGCACCGCUCGGAUCCCCGGUGGGGCCCUGCUCUGCAGCCCCCGCCCUGUUUGCUCGGGCACCGGCCUCGCCCUGCGGGCAGAGGGAGGCGGAGCCGCCGCUGGCCCCGCGCUGGGGCACACCAGACCAGACCCCCUGUGUGUCCCCAGAGACCCCCGAGAUGGCCUUCCAGAGGAGCCACCGGCUGAACCUGCUGCGCCUCAUCGUGCUGCUCCUCGUGGCCUUGGCUGGCAUCAAGUUCCUCUUCCGUGACAGCCUCACCCUGGAGCUGCACAAGCACGUCAGCAAGGACAGCGGGUUCUGGGGGGACACGGGUGACGUUGUACAGGACGUCAUCCCCCAGAGUCAGCACGUUCUGGAGGCCCCUGCAGCCAAGAUAAUGACCCUGAAGCAAAAGCAGCAGGUGCCCAGGGAUGUCAGUGCCACCCAGAUGAGGCUGGUCCACCUGGACCUCAAGGGAGCUGCGCCCAGAGUCUCCUACCUGGAGCAGGUGUUCCCCCUCCUGUCCCAGCUGGGAGCCAACGGCGUCCUCAUCGAGUACGAGGACAUGUUCCCCUUCAAGGGGGAGCUGGAAAUCCUCAGGUCCCCGUACGCUUACAGCGAGGAGGACAUCGAGCGGAUCCAGCAGCUGGCAGAGCAGCACAAGCUGGAGGUGGUUCCCCUGGUGCAGACCUUUGGGCACGUGGAGUUCAUCCUCAAGCACGAGAAGUACCAGCACCUGCGGGAGGUCGAGCGCUUCCCCAACAGCUUCAACCCCCACGUGCCCGACACGCUGGCCCUGCUCAAGAGCGUCCUGUCCCAGGUGAUCGAGAAGCACCGCCGCUCCUCCUGGAUCCACAUCGGGGCAGACGAGGUUUUCCACCUCGGGGAGGGGACGGACUCCAAGAACUGGAUGAGCCAGCACAAGGGCGACGUGGGCACCAUGUACCUGAGGCACAUCAAGGAGGUUCUGGGCUUCCUGACGGCGCAGUACUGGGGGCUGCGCGUGCUCAUGUGGGACGACAUGCUGAGGAAGAUCAGCGUGGGAGCCCUGCGGGAGUCGGGGAUAGCCAAGCACGUCUCACCCGUGCUGUGGUUCUACGCACCCGACUUUGAGGCUGAGCAGAUCGUGCAGUUCCUCACCAAGUACGUGGAGAGCGGCUUCGAGGCCGUGUGGUUCGCCAGCGCCUUCAAGGGCACCACGGGGCCGGCGCAGGCCUGGACCCCGCUGAGCUACCACCUGAAAAACCACCUGAGCUGGCUGAAGGUGAUGCAGGCCGUGCCACGGCUGGCCCCGCUGCGCUUGCAGGGCGUUGUGCUCACCGGCUGGCAGAGGUACGAUCACUACUCGGUGCUCUGUGAGCUGCUGCCCGUCAGCAUCCCCUCGCUGGCCAUCUGCCUGCAGACCCUGGUGAACGGGGGCUUCACAGAGGAGGCAAAGAGGAAGGUGCUGGAUGUGCUGGGCUUGGACAGCGUGCAGCUGGAGCAGAGCACCUGCGAGGGCAGGGGCGCGUUCCCUGGUGCGGAGAUCUACCACAUGGUGGAGCAGGUCAAUGGCCACCUGAAGGAGAGCAUCCUCAAGGUGCUGGAGGAGGAGAGUGCCAUCAAGGGCUGGUUCAGCCCCUACCACAGGAAGCGGCAGUUUGGGAACCCCCGCAACAUGGAGAGCUUUGGCAGCAAGGUGCUGAAGCUCCAUGAGGACUGGGAGAGCUUCGUCCGUGACCUGCGUGCCCAGCUGGACAGGAUCUACUUCCCUGACACGGUGGAGGAGUGGCUGGAGGAGAACGUCAACCCCUACCUGGACCAGCUGCGGGACCUGGUGCGGGACUACCGAGCCAUCAUCCGCCUCAAGGGCCGGCCCAAGGCCACGUAGGGGCUGCAGCCGUGGGUCCUGCUGCCCCCUGGCUCUGGGGCCACCGUGGUGUGCGUGUGUGUGUGUGUGUGUGUGUGUGUGUGUGUGUGUGUGCUGGUAUGGCCACCGUGGUGUGUGUGUGUGUGUCUGUGUGUCUGUGUGUCUGUGUGUGUGUGUGUGUGUGUGUGUGUGUGUUUGUUUGCUGGUGAUGGCCACCACGGUGUGUGUGUGUGUGUGUGUGUGUGUGUGUGUGUGUGUGUGUGUGUGUGUGUGCUGGUGAUGGCCACCAUCCUGUGUGUUUACUGGUGAUGGCCACCAUGGUGUGUGUGUGUGUGUGUGUGUGUGUGUGUGUGUGUGUGUUUGUUUGCUGGUGAUGGCCACCACGGUGUGUGUGUGUGUGUGUGUGUGUGUGUGUGUGUGUGUGUGUGUGUGUGUGUGUGUGUGUUGCUGGUGAUGGCCACCACGGUGUGUGUGUGUGUGUUUGCUGGUGACAGCGCUGCUGCUGUCUGCGCUGUGCGGAGCCCCUGCACUGCCCCUCCACAAUAAAGUAUUUUCGUAGA